AUGGCAGGGACGGACAGCGGGAACCUGAAGACGGUGAGGCUGUGGCGGGACGCCGCCCUGCGCGCCAGGAAGCUGCGGAGCAACCUGCGCCAGCUCACCCUCAGCUCGGCCGGGGGCUGCCCGGGAACCGACCAGCUCGACUCCCCUGACGCCCCCCAGCUCGUGCUCCCGGCCAACAUCGGGGACAUUGAGGUGCUGAACCUGGGGAACAACGGCCUGGAGGAGGUGCCCGACGGGCUGGGCUCGGCGCUGGGCAGCCUCCGCGUCCUGGUCCUGCGCCGGAACCGCUUCGCCCAGCUGCCUCUGGCAGUGGCCGAGCUGGGCCACCACCUCACCGAGCUGGACGUGAGCCACAACAGGCUGAGCGUCCUGGGCGCUGAGGCGGUGGGCGCCCUGCGCGAGCUGCGGAAGCUCAACCUCAGCCACAACCAGCUGCCCGCCCUGCCUGCCCAGCUGGGUGCGCUGGUCCACCUGGAAGAGCUGGACGUCAGCUUCAAUCGGCUGGCGCACCUGCCCGACUCCCUCGCUGGCCUCUCCCGCCUGCGCACCCUCGACGUGGACCAUAACCAGCUCACGGCUUUUCCCCGGCAGCUGCUGCAGCUGGCGGCCCUGGAGGAGCUGGACGUGUCCAGCAACCGCCUGCGGGGCCUCCCUGAGGAUAUCAGUGCCCUGCGCGCCCUCAAGAUCCUCUGGCUGAGCGGGGCCGAGCUUGGCACCCUGCCGAGCGGCUUCUGCGAGCUGGCCAGCCUGGAGAGCCUCAUGCUGGACAACAACGGGCUGCGGGCUCUGCCCCCCCAGUUCAGCCGUCUGCAGCGACUCAAAAUGCUCAACCUCUCCUCCAACCUCUUGGAGGAGUUCCCGGCCGCCCUGCUGCCCCUGGCUGGCCUGGAGGAGCUCUACCUUAGUCGCAACCAGCUCACCUCGGUGCCAUCCCUGAUCUCAGGCCUGGGCCGUCUUCUCACCCUGUGGCUGGAUAACAACAGGAUCCGCUACCUGCCCGACUCCAUCGUCGAGCUCACUGGCCUGGAGGAGCUUGUCCUGCAGGGGAACCAGAUCGCCGUGCUGCCAGACAACUUUGGCCAGCUCUCCCGCGUGGGCCUGUGGAAGAUCAAGGACAACCCGCUGAUCCAACCCCCCUACGAGGUCUGUAUGAAGGGGAUCCCGUACAUCGCCGCCUACCAGAAGGAGCUGGCUCAUUCCCAGCCGGCGGUCCAGCCGCGCCUCAAGCUGCUUCUGAUGGGUCAGAAGGCGGCAGGAAAGACCCUCCUCCGGCACUGCCUCACUGAGGGCAGAGUGGAGGGGAAGCACGGAGGAGGGUGCCAGGAGAAGACCUACCCGCCUUCGCCUCCGCUCGGGAGCAAGGGCAUCGAGGUGACCAGCUGGACGGCGGAUGCGUCCCGGGGCCUGCGGUUCAUCGUGUACGACCUAGCCGGGGACGAACGCUACGAGGUAAUCCAGCCCUUCUUCCUCUCCCCCGGGGCCCUGUACGUGCUGGUGGUGAACUUGGCCACCUACGAGCCGCUCCGCUUUCCCACCACCGUGGGCUCCUUCUUGCAUCGGGUGGGGGCCCGGGUGCCCCACGCCGUGGUGUGCAUCGUGGGCACCCACGCCGACCUGUGCGGGGAGCAGGAGCUGGAGGAGAAGUGUCUGGACAUCCACCGCCAGAUCGCCCUGCAGGAGAAGCACGACGCCGAGGGGCUGAGCCGUCUGGCCCAGGUGGUGGACGAGGCGCUGGCCCGGGACUUCGAGCUCCGUUCCGCCAGCCCUCAUGCCGCCUACUACGGGGUGUCCGACAAGAACCUCCGGCGGCGCAAGGCCCAUUUCCAGUACCUGCUCAACCACAGGCUGCAGAUCCUCUCGCCGGUGCUGCCGGUCAGCUGCCGGGACCCGCGCCAGUUACAGCGCCUGCGCGACAAACUGCUCUCGGUGGCGGAGCACCGCGAAAUCUUCCCCAACUUACACCGCGUGCUGCCCCGGUCCUGGCAGGUGCUGGAGGAGCUGCACUUCCAGCCCCCGCAGGCGCAGCGGCUCUGGCUCAGCUGGUGGGACUCGGCUCGCCUGGGGCUGCAGGCCGGGCUGACUGAGGACCGGCUGCAGAGCGCCCUAUCCUACCUGCACGAGAGCGGCAAGCUGCUGUACUUCGAGGACAGCCCGGCCCUCAAGGAGCACGUCUUCCACAACCUCUCCCGCCUCAUAGACAUCCUCAACGUCUUCUUCCAGAGGGACCCUUCCUUGCUACUGCAGAAGCUGCUCCUGGGGACCAGCGGCGAGGCCGAGGCCGAGGGCCGGGCCGAAAGCUCCCCGCUGAUGGCACCGCCUGCCCCGACCCAGGACGCACUUCGGGCCACCCAGCUCCAUCACUACGUGGAGGGCUUUCUGCUGCACGGGCUCCUGCCAGCCCACGUCAUCCGGUUGCUGCUGAAGCCUCACGUCCAAGCUCAGCAGGACCUGCAGCUGCUGCUGGAGCUGCUGGAGAAGAUGGGACUCUGUUACUGCCUCAACAAAGCCAAGGGCAAGCCCCUGAAUGGGUCCACGGCCUGGUACAAGUUCCCCUGCUAUGUGCAGAACGAGGUGCCGCACGCCGAGGCCUGGAUUAACGGGACCAACCUGGCCGGGCAGUCCUUUGUGGCUGAGCAGCUGCAGAUUGAAUACAGUUUUCCCUUCACCUUUCCACCCGGCUUGUUCGCCCGUUACAGCGUCCAGAUCAACAACCACGUGGUGCACAGGUCGGAUGGCAAACUUCAGAUCUUUGCCUACAGGGGGAAGGUCCCGGUGGUGGUGAGCUACAGACCUGCCAAGGGGGUCCUGCAGCCGGACACCCUGUCCAUUGCCAGCCACGCAUCCUUACCGAACAUAUGGACGGCAUGGCAAGCCAUCACCCCCUUGGUAGAGGAACUGAAUGUCCUACUUCAGGAAUGGCCUGGACUGCACUACACGGUGCACAUUCUCUGUUCUAAGUGCCUUAAGAGAGGGUCGCCCAAUCCACACGCUUUCCCAGGGGAGUUGCUGAGUCAGCCCAGACCAGAGGGAGUGGCAGAGAUCAUCUGCCCCAAGAACGGCAGCGAGCGAGUGAACGUUGCCUUGGUUUACCCACCCACACCAACUGUGAUCAGCCCGUGUUCCAAGUAUCUCCAUACUUUCUUGGACAAUUAAGUGGAAAAGAUAGUGCUUCUUUCCCUUAUGCCAUCAUUUUUACUGUACCCAAUCUGUGACUUUAGGAGCACCAAUUUUUAAGGGAAGAACGCUGGGGAAAAGCACAGAAACCAGUGACUUCUACGGCUGUGGGAUUUCCAUGGAGAAAAUAGCAUCAGAACGCACCUGGACCAUCUUCUGUACCCAGCAAACCCUCCACACUCCCAGGCCUGUUCUGUGAACUCGCGUGCAUGUGUGUUCAGGGUGUUUUCGUGCAAGGGAGCACACCUAGCCUGUAGAUGAGGUGGGGAGGGUGCAGGUGGGGGAAAGGACGGGAGAGACUAUGGAGCAAAUGUUUUACAACCUGAACCUCAGAACUGUGAUCCUCCAAGGAGAGCGCUACUUGAAGAAAAGAAAAAAAAAUAAAGUCGAAUGGCUUCUCAGGGAUUUUUUUUUUUUCCGUGCACAUAUAAGCCAUAAUUCCAGUACAGGUGGCAGUAUUCAGAGCACUCAGAUUUCAGUUCUGUUAAAUGUGAAAGAGGGAUCGACUGACCAUUCAUUGCUGUUCCACAACUAGUGUAAAAUAUGUAUAUGUUUAUCUUUAUUUUUAUAAUACGCAAAUACAUUUAAAUUUAUACAGUCUGAAGCUUCUAGCAUUAGUUGACACUGGUGCAAUAUUCUGAUGAGAACUGUGCCAACAUGGGGCUGAUUUCUUUCUUUAGCAUCAGAUGUUUUGUUUAUUCUUUAAGCCUUUGCAGAUUUAAAAAAAGAAAAGAUACCUAUCUCUUUGCUCAUGGCUUAAGUGUUGGUUCAUAGAAGUUAACAAUAAUCAUCAAGAACCUUAAACAAUGCAUUUCAGGCAAUAGCCCCUUCCCCUCCUUUUCACUAAAAAGUCCCUGGUCACUAGGUGAUACUCUGAUGGAGGCCUGGUGAUUAAGAUUCUUCAGGGGAGGGGGAUUAAGGGGUCCACAUAUCCAAGGAAGAGUGGAGUCUUGCAAUAGCUUAGAUAGUCAGGCGUUAGUUCCAAAGCAUGUAAAGAGCUCUGCUAAUAGGUCCUGUUCCCACCCCCCCACCACCCCCUAGAACAGAGUCUGUGAAAUUUGGCAGAGCUCUCUGAAAGCUGGUGUCAGACCCUAAGAUAGUGAGUUGCCUAAUUGAAGAGCAUAAGCCCACAUUGGUUAUUUAUAAAUACAGAGCCUCUGAUUGGAUGGCCUACUGCCAAGAACUAGUAAAACCCUGGUUUUAAAAUCUCCAUGACAUAAAACCUAAAAAGCCAACCAACCAAACCGCUCUCUCCUCCUCAUCGGGGCCAAACAGCGUCUACUGCAAUAGUAACACAUUCUUUGAAGAGUGUGCGUGACUCUGUUUACAUCUGCCUCCUCUGCAUGCUGAUUGAAAAAUGUGUGAAACUGUUUCUUUCCAGUGUAAGGCAAGAAAAACUAGUCAGCGGUAUUACUCAUUUACUUCUAUAAAGUAUUGUCUCUUGGAAUGCUACAGUAUACGAUGUCUCCACAUAUUUAAAAAAUAACAAAGAAGUGGCUGCAUCACACACACAAAAAAAACCACAAAUCAAUUUUUGUAGAUGGUUUUGUGCCCCAGGAGUUAACUUUAUGAACUCCAGAACCUCUAGUCAAACAAGCAUGAUUUCUUAUAAUCAUAAAAUCAAAUGGGAUCAGACUAGUUCUGCAUUUUAAUACUUGAGUAUGGCACCUCCUAUUUGCAAUUUCAUUUUCUUUUGGAACAGUCACAAGAUUCACCUUGUUAAUCCUUCUGUCACAGUUCUCCUGUGCGUGUGUGCAUGUGUGUGUAAGUGUAAACUGAAUGGUAACAUUUAAUUGCUUUAUGGACCACUGAAUUGUUGGGCAUAAAAGUUUUCCAAUUGGCAGGAGACAGUUCUUCAACUGUCAAAUUAACCGACUUUGACCAGAAAAAGGCUGGUAAAGUGACUUCAGGCUAACUCCCCAGGGGACCAUAUUAACUGAAAAAAAAAAAUGUUCCUUUGGGUGACAUACCCUGCAAAGUGUGUGCUCUUAUUAUGAACAUAGAUGCCCACAUUCUUAAUAUCUGCUCUUUUUGGACACGUGAUGUUUUAUGCUGUCAUCUGAACCUUAGAGAAGCAGUGUAAGAAGAAAUCUUGGUAUCACAUGUAUUUUAGCAAAAAAAAAAAAGUUAUCCUGAUAGAGGGUCAUGUGACCAAAAGCAGCUCCAGAAAAGCUUGAGAACUUGCUUCGGGGGAGGGGGGACGGUUGGAGAUACAGAAAACACACUGCUCUAUAGGAAUUUUCUUCAUCUAUGCAGGAAAUUCCAUUCUCUCUUUCAACACCUGGGAAGGCUCAGUUGGGGAGGCUGACUGAUGGGCAAUUCGCUAAGCACAAAGGGGGAUCUUUUCCAACUAAGUCGUCCCUGCCUUGCAAACAGACGCCCUCCAAGUUUGUUAUGGUUUCUAUUCCUGCAUCUUGUGGUAUCAAAACCACUUCCUGGAAUUGUAAACGCGCUGCCAGAAUAAAUGUUUUUUCCCCCUUCCAAGAAAAAAACCGCCAGUGCUCAUAUUUGACACUUGUGCAUUGGACUCUUUUUGAAUGAAUAAAAUGGAAAGGGUUUGGUGUCAUU